GUCCGUGAAUUGUCAGCGCGCUCCAGGCAGCUGUUGAGCCGGGGCGGCCGCCAGGUUUGUGCUCCCUCCGAGGUGCCUGCCGGAGCCAAUGUGCCCCGGUGGGCUAGGGCGAGAGCUGUCGCCGGUUCGGGGCAACUUGGGAUUCAGGACCCGCAGCAGGGGCGUCGGUUUGCCAUCUGGACUCGUCGACUAGGAUGGAAAUCCUGUAUGAAUGUGGAAGCCAUUAGCAGAGUAAUUGCCGUCCGUUACCAUGACAACCAGCCGCUGCAGUCACCUGCCCGAAGUGCUGCCAGACUGCACCAGUUCAGCUGCACCCGUGGUGAAGACCGUGGAGGACUGUGGCAGCCUAGUGAAUGGGCAGCCGCAGUAUGUCAUGCAAGUUUCAGCCAAGGACGGGCAGCUGCUAUCAACAGUAGUGCGGACCCUUGCCACCCAGAGCCCCUUCAAUGACCGGCCAAUGUGCAGGAUCUGCCACGAGGGCAGCAGCCAAGAGGACUUGCUCUCUCCAUGUGAAUGUACAGGGACCCUGGGGACAAUUCAUCGGAGCUGCCUGGAGCACUGGCUGUCAUCCUCAAACACCAGCUACUGUGAACUCUGCCACUUCAGGUUUGCAGUCGAGCGCAAACCCAGGCCGUUAGUGGAGUGGCUCAGAAAUCCAGGCCCCCAGCACGAGAAGCGGACUCUGUUUGGAGACAUGGUGUGCUUCUUGUUCAUCACUCCUCUGGCCACCAUCUCGGGCUGGCUCUGCCUACGGGGCGCCGUGGACCACCUGCACUUUAGCAGUCGGCUCGAAGCCGUCGGACUAAUUGCACUCACUGUCGCACUCUUCACUAUUUACCUCUUUUGGACACUAGUGUCAUUUAGGUACCACUGUCGAUUGUACAAUGAAUGGCGUCGGACCAAUCAGAGGGUGAUUCUCCUCAUUCCAAAGUCUGUCAACGUCCCUUCUAACCAGAAGUCCUUGCUGGGCCUCCACUCUGUCAAGAGGAACUCAAAGGAGACGAUUGUUUGAUGUUCGUGUGUUUGGUUGGUUGAUUUGUUGUUUGGGGUUUGGAAGUUUCUGCACUGGGGCCAUGCACUGAGCCACCCCGAGACCCUUCCUCGAGCCUGUGGGUCGAAGAACAUCUAGAGCCAUGUUAUCACGUCGCCCUGAGCAACAGACUCUGCCUGAAGAAAGCAAAUCGCUCUCUGACUUCAAAUCAUGGAUGCUGCAAUCAUAUGAUAUUUGCUAAGCUGCCAAACAUGUUUAUUUAGCAGAUACUGUAUGGAA